CGCAAGUCGAAGCAGACAUUUUUCAAUGCAAGAUUUUUUCCUUGCAUAAAUUAUGUUCAUGACGUAGUGCAAAAAGCCAAUUUUCUGGCAAUUUUGUCCGACUUUACAGCUCAGAUAGGAUUUUGUGAGAGCCCCGAUGGAUUUUUUUACUAUCUGAACUGUUGCAGAAAGGGCAUCGUCAUUAAAUAUUAAGAGAGAGGAGAUCCUAACAUUGCAACCCUCCUUAUCAAUGCAAAUACCUCUUUUGUGUGCAGUCACAGCGCCUGUCUGGGAGCUGAGAUGAAUUUUUAAUUAGGUGUGACUGAAACAAACUGUGACAAGGACCUUUAUAAAAGCGGGGGAUUACAGAAAAUAAGCUGCAUUUACGCGAAUGUCAGGAAGACAGUGGCUGUGGUGGUGCAGUGAGCCAUGAACUCCAAGGAUCCCCCUGCCAAAGAUGCCCCACUUACUGUCAAUGAGCAGGUCAUUGUGAUGUCUGGCCAUGAGACGAUUCGUGUGCUAGAGGUAGAAGUCGACGCGUCCCUGCCAUCAUCAGUACCCGAUGUGAAGAGUGAAGCUAAAGCUGAGGAGGGAGUGGCUCGGCCUGCAGAGCAACCUGAGGCUGGCAGCACGCAGGACGUGCCCCAGAGCACCGGGGUAGUAGUGCUGGGCGAGCAGCAUGUGGUGUCUGUAGAGGCUCCUGCCCCUGCUGUCCAAACGCUGUCUCCUGCUGUUCCCGUCAGUUUGUCCCUGUCGCAGCCACAGGCCGCCAUGCCCAUCACUGUACAAGGCUGUCCACAGGUGCUGACCCAGGAAAGUUUGGCCACUCUGAUGACUGGUAUGAUGGCCCAGACAGGAUCCCUGGGGCAGCCCUUGCUCAUCCCCCUCAGUAUGGCAGGCUCCAUUGGUGGCCAGGGUGGUCUGGCUGUUCUCACCUUGCCUACCACCAAUGUAGCCACUAUCCCCGGGUUCACAGCAGCUAACACGGCCGGAAAUCUCCUCAAACUGCCCUUUGCUGGCCUCCAAGCUGCGACAGUCCUGAACUCUGUCCAGCCCCAACUGCAGACAAAUGCCCAGACGAUGUUCCAACCGCAAGCAGCUUCCAUACAGCAGGUGCAGGCCACCUCUCAGCCAACACAGGUGACCAAUGCCCAGGUCACCGCUGCUCAGGUGGCGGCAGCACAGGCCACCACGGCCGCCACUACUGUCUCUCAGUCCAACAUAUCCUUAGCGGCACUCCAGACUGCAGGACUCUCCAUCAAUCCUGCCAUUAUCAAUGCUUCUUCUUUGGGAGCUCAGCCCCAGUUUCUCAGUUCUCUCACCUCCACUCCCAUCAUCACCAGUGCCAUGUCCAACAUGGCUGGCAUCACCAGCCAGAUCAUCACAAAUGCCCAGGGACAGGUCAUAGGAACCCUCCCGCUGUUGUUUAACCCAGCCUCUCUGGCUGGAGGGCCAGCGACACACACCCUUCCCCUCCAAGGGCUCCAGGGGCUCCAGGGCCUCCAGGGCCUCCAGGGCCUCCAGGGUCUUCAGGGUCUUCAGGGGCUACAGGGGCUCCAGGGUCUCCAAGGGCUCCAGGUCCAGACUGUCACCCCACAGCUGCUUUUCAACGCCCAGGGCCAGAUCAUUGCCACACUAGGGAAUGGGUCUGCAGUUGCAACCUCUGCUGCUGCAGUUCUGCCCAAACCUGCUGCUCCUCCAACACUUACCAAAGCUGUCACACAGACUUCGGUAACAACUGUCAGUCAGUCACCAAUUGUCAUCGCCCCGCAGCCGUCUGUGCUGAAGACUGCCACCACGCUCUCCUCUAUAGCACCCAUCACCUGUGGAGACAUUGCAAAAGUGGGCCAGCUCGUCAGCAAACCCCAGCAGGUAGUCAGCAGCGAGGAAGGCAUUAAUCUGGAAGAGAUUCGAGAGUUUGCCAAGAAUUUCAAGAUCCGCCGGCUGUCCUUGGGGCUUACUCAGACACAAGUAGGGCAGGCUCUGACUGCAACGGAGGGUCCGGCCUACAGCCAGUCUGCCAUUUGCAGGUUUGAAAAGCUGGAUAUCACGCCCAAGAGUGCUCAGAAGCUAAAGCCGGUGUUGGAAAAGUGGCUGGCUGAGGCCGAGCACUGGAACCAGAAAGGCCAGCAGAAUCUGAUGGAGUUUGUCGGCGGGGAACCAUCCAAAAAACGCAAGCGGCGUACAAGUUUCACACCGCAGGCAAUAGAAGUUCUUAACUCCUACUUUGAGAAGAAUGCAUUGCCAACAGGCCAAGAGAUUACAGAAAUUGCAAGAGAGCUAAACUAUGACCGAGAGGUCGUGCGAGUAUGGUUCUGCAACCGGCGACAGACGCUGAAAAACACAAGCAAAAUCAACGUCUUCCAGGUUCAGUAGCAACCUCGUUCUGGGAGGCUUCGCCGCCGAUCUUUUGUCGUUUUUUUUGGAAGAUGAACAUUUAAUACAGCAACACAGUGGUGAAUUGUGUUGUAAAUACAAGCCAGAAUCUAUUAAAGAAUAUGAACUUUUUCAGAAAAGGAAGGAAAUUACAUAAAAGUGUGUAAUUUAAUAAUAAUAAUAGUGUUAUGAAAGAGUAGUAAAGAUGAGUUGUGAUUGUAUUUUGAGGCGGUAUAUGUGCACACAACUCCUGUGUGGUGGGUACUAAGUCAAACUGCAUGGUCUUUUUAUCAUAUACAGUGAUGAUAAUACACGUGUCAUAUUUAAAAAAUUUGAAUAACUUUUAUACAAGUGGUUUUAUAGGCUAUCCCUCUGAAUCGUAUCGAGUGACAUUGUGCAUUGAGUCACAUUGAUUUUAGUCACAUAAUUGUCACUUUGUCACAAACCCUGACAUUACGCUGAUAUUUGAAUAACAUGCUUUUGCCACCAUGGAUGUUUUCAAAAUGCUUGCUGCGCAUUUAUUUCAUAUUUGCAUAGUAUUUGUACUGCGUGAGCAGCUUUGCAAACAAAUAACGAUUCUGACAGGCAUAAGAUUUUGUGACUAAAAUAGCUUAUCACCUUAUUUUCAUCAGAAUUAGUUGUCCAAUUAACGCCAAACUUUGCUAUCUAUAGACUCCUGACUUUGCAGCAGUGUUUUAGGACAAUCAUCAUUCUGAUAUUUCUUCAUAAUUACAAAGAUGAGCUUAAAAUCUGUAGUAAUUUCCUCUUGUGUGGCUUUGAUAUUUUUAUUCAGCAGCGUGAAAGGUGUCACACUGGAGUGGCUGUCAAUAGAGAGGGUCAUUUCUGAUGGACAACAGGUUCUUAUCAAAAUAAAGUUGUAGCCUCGGCUAUUGCCUAUGAUGCCACAACUGUAAACUGAUUUUAGUUUUUUAGUUUUUUUUCUCAUUUGUAAGUUACUGGUCAUGCAAAUAUGCAUACUGUAUGGGUGUGUGAAUUCACCACAGUCUGUCCUGUUUUGACAUUUUCUGUUUAAUGUGCUUAUAAUACUCUGAGAGUAUUUUGUGAUUUCCUCUUGAUUCACUGUUGUCAUUCUUCCCCUGGCUUAACAAUGUUUCUGCUUCAUUUUUUGAAUCUUAAGUUAGAUAAAGUAUUUAGGAGGAGCUUAAUUGGCCAAUUAUGAAGUCAAUUUGAAAUAGUCUUACGUUGCCUAGAAACAUACUGUAAGCACCAUAUUUUUUUAGCUAAUCUUACUAAGCCUAAUCUCAAUCAAAUUACUGAAUUAAAAAAAAUGUAAUCAACCUUUCAGCCAAGGAAGGGGAUUUUUUGGUUUAAUGUGUUAUGACUUUUAGUCUGAAUGAGUUUGAAGAGUGUUUGCAUGUGCAGUCUGAAGCUGUUUUCUAGGAACAAUAUUAUGGCGUUUUUCUUUGUAUUUGCCAAUUCUUCAAGAAUUCUUCGCACUUUAGUGACAGCAGGGAAAGUACAGUAAAAGGGUUACGAAUAGUUCAUGUACAGUGCAAGGGUUCAGUUAUGUAUGUGGGAGAAUUUAAUGUCUGCAUUUCAAUGUUUAUUGAACAGCAAGAAUCUUUUGCUUUGCAAAAUGUAGCAGUACUGGCAAAAUUGCAAUCAUCAAUUUAACAAGCAACAUCUAUCUCUAAGAUUAACUUACUUUUUAUGCAGAUGAAAUGUAAAAUACUGCAGAUUAAAUAUAAAACCUAAUAUGCAUUAAUUACAUUCUUUGAUUUUGCGAAUUACAUGGUGCAUUUGAUGGUCCAGCUCAUAUUUUCCUUUUGAAUAAUUUUGAAUAAAUAGGCCUAUAUUGCAGUGGACAUACGUACAGUAUAUGCCUAACCAUACAAAAUAAUUGACAUUGCAAAGGUUAUGCUUUAAGGUGGUUUCCUUCAUGUUCAAUAUGGGAUGACAAUAUUUAAUAUUGUUUAAUAAAGUUAAUAGAGAAAAGAAGAGCUAAACUAUAAUAAGAUAAGAUAUCAGCUUUAAGUCAUUUGAUUUUUGCAAAGCACAUAAAAUGUGAGAAAAGGGAAAAAGAAGUUGAAUGCUAUCUGUCUUUCUGUCCGAAAAAUCAAAUAAACCCUGUUUUUACUAA